AAUACGCAAGUGCCUCAACAUUUUUCCAUCAAUUUAUUUUUAUUGAGCGCCCCAAUUAUGAAAAAACAUGGUUCUAAAUAAUUGUGCAAUGUCAAAUGACUGAACAAAACAAAUCUUCAAAAGAGAUACAGCUUUUUGCAAUCAUAUUUGCAAUGCUUACCUCUAGAAUACAGAGACCUAUUUUAAAAAAGUCUUCAACUUGUAUUCUCAAGGCUGCCAAAGUAAUUUUCUGGCUAGCGCUGUUGAUUGUUGAGAAAUGGGAGGAGAAAGAAGGGAGACUGAAAACAUGAGCAAAAUAUUUGGAUUUUAAACUGGAAUUGUGAAAAGAGAUGCACUUUGUUGAUGUGAGGAGCUUGGCCAUGAAGCUGGCAGCCCUCACUGAUUGGCAUCACUGCUGAUUGAGAGCUGAGUGUGUCACAGCUACUCUGCUUCCUUUGGAUCUGGGAGCUGCCCACUGAACCCACUAGAAUCUUGGCACCAUGUCGUUCCGUGGCCCGGGCCUGUACGAGUUCCUCACUGAAGCUGAGCUCCAGCAGUACUACAACCACUUCAAGAAUGAUCUGAAGGUGCAGAACGUCCCACAAAUCAAAUGGGUGACAGAUGAGGAUCUUGUCACCAUGGGCCUGUCGAAGCCCGAAAUUCGACGGCUGAAGAAGUUCUUCAGCAAGUACUGCCCUCAAAACUAUCUGUCCAAAAUGAAAAGGAAGCUGCUAGGCCGGCGGGACGACGAGCUGCCAGAGCCGGCGCUCGUGCCCGACGACUCGCCCUCCCGCCAGCGGCACGCCAUCAAAAUGCCCAAACACAUCAUACCGGCCGACGCCAUAGUCGUUAACAAGGAGCUCGGCACCGGGGAGUUCGGCGUGGUGCAGCAGGGCGUUUGGACCAACGAGGAGGGGCACAGGAUCCAGGUGGCCAUCAAGUGUCUGAGCAAGCAGCGGAUGCAGUCCAACCCCACCGAGUUCCUCAAGGAGGCGACCAUCAUGCACAACAUCGAGCACGAGCACAUCGUGCGCCUGUACGGUGUGGUGCUCGACACCAACGCCCUGAUGCUGGUGACUGAGCUGGCUCCUCUACGCUCGCUGCUCGAGUGUCUGAAGGAGCCGAACCUGCGGGCCAGCUUCCCGGUGUUGACGCUCUGCGGGUUCGCCAUCCAGAUCUGUGACGGCAUGCAGUACCUAGAGUCGAAACGGCUUAUUCACAGAGAUCUGGCGGCGCGAAAUAUCCUCGUUUUCUCAAAGAACACUAUCAAAAUUUCCGACUUCGGCCUGUCACGGAUGCUGGGAGUCGGAAAGGAUUAUUAUCAAACCAAUUUCAACGUCAACCUGAAGCUACCCAUCGCCUGGUGUGCGCCAGAGUGCAUCAACUACCUGCGCUUCACGUCGUCCAGCGACGUCUGGGCCUACGGCGUGACGCUGUGGGAGAUGUUCAGCUACGGCUUCCAGCCGUGGGCGGCGCUCACCGGACAGCAGAUCCUCGAGGCCAUCGACGAGCCCAACUUCCAGCGCCUGGAGCAGCCGGAUACCUGUCCCAAGGACUGCUACAACCUGAUGCUCAAGUGUUGGCAGCACGACCCCAACAAGCGGCCCAACUUCCACGAGCUGGCGCAGCUGCUACCGGAGUGUAAGCCGGAACAGGUGCAGGCGGUACAGUCGGCCGGCAGUGAGCCCACAUCACCCACCAAACGCGACCGGCUCCAGUACGAGGUCGGAGACGUCGUCACCGUGCUGGACAAACGCCCGGUGGCCGACCACCCCAACUUGUGGAAGGGAGUCACGGCGUCCGGUAAAACGGGCCUGUUCAACCCGUCCCACUUCGUGGCAUACCUGGGCAGCAACCUGCCCUCCAGCACCAGCAGCCAGGCCAGCCAGCCGUUCAGCCGUGGAGAAGCCAAGGCGGCCUACUCGUCCAAACGUCGUCUGAAGCCGGAGAUGAUCUCAGCGCCACAGGACGACCUCAAACACACGGGCCAUGUCGGCAUGGACGGCACACACUUCGGCGACGUCAGCUUCCUCGGAGACAAGUAUCAGCAGCUGCCUCGUCAGGUGGUCAGCCCGUACAAGCCCCAGGACGACCUGCGCGCCUCCCUGCUGACCCGCGCUGGCUCAGACGUGUCCGACCGUGCCCCGCUGCUGGCGGCGAGCUCCUCCGACCCGGCAGUGCGCGGCGCAGGACCGGCCGAGGAGCUGGCAGCGGACGGAGUGUGGGAGCCCGCGGCGGGGACGGCGGGGGCGGCGGCGGAGCGACCGGCCGGCCGCGGGGACACCUACCGUCGCACGGCCGGCGCCAAAGGACAGCACGAGUACCACGAGAUCAGUGAUGAGGAGGAGGGCGGAGCAGCGGCGGCGGUCGCGGCAGCGGCGGCCACAGGAGCGGCCAGCCCGCCACCCUUCCAGAGCGAUCCCCUCUCAGGACUGCCGUUUGACCUGGGCCCCAGCCUGAUGGACGAAGUGAUGUCGAUUCUGGGCGGACCGGCGACGGCGGCGCCCCAGCCGCGGCCCCGGGAUCGCGUCAUGUCUGAGGAAUCCACCUCCGGCGGCGAGGCGAGCAACGUGCGCAACGAACUGCGCGAGCAGAGUGCACGCAUGCUGCGCGAACACGGUCAGAAGAAACGCAAGGAGAGCAAGGUCCGGGACAUCUCCGAGUCCGACCGGCGCACCCUGGAGCAGGCCAUCGCCAUGGCCAACGACCUGGCGGCCCGCUCGAUGGCCGAGCUCGACUCUGACUCGCUCGACUCACCACACACACCCAGCAGUCCGACCAAGAAGAAGUUCUCCUUCAAGCUGAAGCCGAGUCCGCCGAUGUCGCGCCGUAACUUCAGCACAGAGGCGGCGAGCAUCCCUGAUAUACAGACGUCUCUGAAGCACGAGGAGAGGGAGGCGUACAACUCGCUGGUGCAGAAACCGCCGACUGCCGCCGCCGCCGCCGCCGCCGUACCCGCUACUUCCGCCGCCGCCGCCGCCGCCGCCGCCUCCACUGAAGAUACUGCAAUGGAAACGUCCGAUAAUCCACUUAGAAUGUUACGAGCCGGCAUCACGGUUCGACCUAAGGUCCGUGGUAACAAGCACAGCGGCCUGCCGACCGGGACGGCCACCAUUGAACGGAGUCAGGGAGUGAGCCGCAGCCGCGCCGCCACCCUGGCCGCCAAGGGUGGUGCGGAGCCGGGUGGCGGCGCGCCGUCCGACUCGGCCUCGCUGCAGACCUGGCACCGCACCAUGUCCAUCGACCGAGACCUGGCUGUGGGCUCGGCGCCCGCUGCCGACCCGUCCAACCCGCUGCCGCUGCCGCCGCGAGACCGCACCAAGAGUCUACAGGAGUCGGCCAGCAAGCCUCGCCACCAGCGCAAGCACCCCCUGCUGCUGCCGGGCGCAGGCGGACCGGCCGGCCGGGCUGCCGACAGCCUCUCACCAGAGGAUGUACCGGACGGCGGCCGGCUGCCCCGCGGAGCGCCGCCAGCCAAACCGCCCCGGCUCAAUCUGAACGACUCGUUCGAGUCGCAGCUGGCGCAGGAGAUGGAGGCGCUCGACCACAUCCCCGAGGAGUGUGUGGGCUCGGCCGGCUCCGGCUCCGGCUCCGGCUCCGGCUCCGGCUCCGGGUCGGUCUGUCCGCCCGGAGCCGACCUGCUCUACACGUGGCGCGACCACGUCAGCUGUGAGGACCUGCUCGAGUUCGCUGCGGACCGGCCGAACGCGCGCCGCACGCGCGGACCCGCCCACGGUGCGCAGAGCGACGAGGUCCGGAUCAUGCUGAAGGUGCUGGGUACGGGCGCCACCUCAGAGGCCUGCCUGCUGGCGCUCAACGAGACCAGCUGGGACGUGCACCGCGCCAUCAAACUGUGCCAGGUCACACGGGCUCUCGGCAGAGAGGUGGCGUGUGACGAGGUGAGCCGCGCGCUGCGCCAGGUCGAGUGGAACGUCAGCAGGGCGGUCAGCAGUCUGAUGGUGCGCCACGGCUCCGCGUCUGGACAGGCCACCGUCGUAUGACGGGCCGCUCCUCCCGGCGCCGGGCGCACCAUCGGAGUACCGUGUCCACUAAAUUCAGGCUGAUAUGAGACGUCCUUCGUGGACAGGCAGAUCUCUAUGGAAUCUGUUCGGAUUAGAUACCGACACUGGCCAGGUUUUCGGGCCUCUGCUCGGUGUGGCAGUGAUAUACGGGGCCGCUGGCGAGAUCAGCUGCUCUAUGAUGUACCUACCUGUGUGUUUUGGCGGCCGGCGGCGGUCGGAACUGUGCGUGUGUGACGGCGGUGCGUGUGCGAAGUAUUAUCGGCGGUUUCUCACAAGCGAAUGUGGGUUUUAUUCUGCCUCUAUGCCUCGAACGGGACCAGUGCGGGUCCAACCCCUGUGCGCCUCCAAAUGCCAGCUUCCACCUCCUCGGGGUGGGGUAUUGGCUCCGCUCCCCCGCCCCGCUGGGCAGGAGAGGGGAGCGCCGCCCCCACUCCGCGGAGGGCGACCUCAACCCCACCCCUCCCCAGCAUCACGACGUAGGUGCUCGUCUUCCCUCCCCCCCCCCCCCCCGCCGACCGAAAUAGCGGCGCCCCCGGGCUGUUUUAUAUUCGUGCGUGGUGUGCGCGUGACCCUGCGGGUAGAUCGGUGCGCGAUCCGCCACUGAGUUAAUGAGAACGUGCCACAGUUGCAGCUUUACUGACAAAUACUGGGCGGCUGGCGCGGCGGCCGGCCGCCCAAAUUAUAACGAGGAGUUGUGAAUCUCUGCGCGCGACCCAGUUUGUACUUUUGUACGUUUUUUAGUCUCAAUCGCGUGUGCCUGCGCAAAAUCGCGCCGCCUGUGGCACGGGUGUGGGCUUGGACCGUGGUCCGUCGGACGAUGGUCCCGGUCUCACAGGACAGGACCGUGGUCUGUCGGCCGACGGUCCCGGUCUCAGGACCGUGGUCUGUCGGACGAUGGUCCCGGUCUCAGGACCGUGGUCUCGGUCUCUCAGGACCGUUGUCCAUCGUGCGGUGGUCCCGGUCUCUGGGGACCGUGGUCCCGGUCUCUGGGGACCGUGGUCCCGGUCUCUGGGGACCGUGGUCCCUGUCUCGCCGACACCCGGCCGCUGGCGGUGCCCGGUACAGUAGCGGCCGAUAUGUUCGACCCGAUGUAGCGGACUGCAAUAUACCUGCAGCGUACAA